CCGCGGAUCACGCCCCCUCCCGGGCCGGGCUUUCGCAGUUGAAGCGUAGCAGCUGGUGGAGCGGAUCUGUUGAGCCAGCAGGGACAGGAACGGGCGGGAUUAUUCUAGAUGACCCAGCGGCUCAACGAUUGCUGGCUGAGCCCGUCGUCGUAGCCCUCGCACCGUCUGCUCCACACCCAUUACGGUCCCUCCGGCCGGUCAGCCAUGUCAUCUGAGCCUCCUCCACCACCACAGCCCCCCACCCACCAGGCCUCCGCCGGGCUGCUGGACACCCAGCGGGCCCGAGAGCGCUCACCGUCCCCCCUUCGGGGCCACGUGGUCCCCAGCCCGCUGCCCACCCGCCGGACGAGGACCUUCUCAGCGACCGUGCGGGCCUCGCAGGGCCCCGUCUGCAGAGGAGUCUGCAAAUGCUUCUGUCGCUCCAAGGGCCACGGCUUCAUUACCCCGGCCGACGGUGGCCCCGACAUCUUCCUGCACAUCUCCGACGUGGAAGGGGAGUACGUCCCGGUGGAAGGCGACCAGGUCACCUACAAGAUGUGCUCCAUCCCACCCAAGAACGAGAAGCUGCAGGCCGUCGAGGUGGUCAUCACCCAUUUGGCGCCAGGCACCAAACACGAAACCUGGUCUGGCCAUGUCAUCAGCUUGUAGGAGAGGCCGGAAGCACCCCUUCUCCCAGGCUUGUGGGAGACUGUAGGGGAGAGGGGGGCAGGACUGACCUGGACACGACAUGCAGCUGCUUCACAGUGGGCAGCACGGGGCCUUCCAAGUGUCUCGGGGAGGGAGGGGUGUGGGGAGCAGGUGCCGGGGUGCCCUCGGCCACCAGCACAGCCUCUGACCUCAGCCACCUCUCACCAUCUGAAAAGCAUUAAAAAGCAUUGAAAAAGGAGAGGCGCCCCCUAGUGGCUGAGUGGAGGGCCCACCCCCAGCCUGGGGGGGGUGGGUCAUUGGGGUUUCCCCAGCUACCCAGAGGAGGGGGCUCGGCCCAGAGUCCCCUGACCCCUGGGUGGGGGCUUGAAAUCCCCACAUGGGGCCCCGCUGUGGGGCGAUGCGGAACCUGCAGUUCCCUGGGAGGAACUCCCGCCCGGUGUCCGCCCUUCUUGUGUCGCCUUGCCCCUGGGCAGAGCAGCAGGCUCUUCUGAUUCUCGGCCUGGGUGGUCAGGGGCCUGGGGCCUGGGGAGAGUGGGGUCCUCUGGGGCCUUUGCAGUGGGAGGUGUCACAGUGGGUGUCUCGGGAGGAGCGGUCUUCCUGGGGCCCUGGGCCCCCCGCCCAGGCAGGCACAGCUCAGGGCUGAGUUCUGGCUCCGGGAAGCCGGUCUUUUCCAUUGCCUGCAAGUUGAGUAAUCACGGCCCAGCAGCCAUUCCCAUCUCCAUAGCCAAAAGUUGAAGGAGAAACACACCUUUACUUGAGGGGUUUUUCUUGGAAACGAAUGUUAGAAAAUGCUUAAGAUUAAAAAAAAAUUUUUUUUUAGUAGCUAAAGCUCUCACCCAGAGCCCCUCUUUCGGCACUUGGCUGCCGACCUUGUGAACUGUUGUAGAUAUUUCCAGUAAACAGAUCCUGAGGAUUUUCUUUGCUGUGGUUUAGCCUGGCUUUCAUUGUGAUUUAAAAAUAGAAAUAGCUGGGUAAUAUAUUUUGGAAUACGUGGCCUACAGGUAGUCAAGAGCCCGAUUGUCAGUGCAGGGAAGUGACCCGUGACCCCUUACAGCUGACUUUUAGGCAGACGACGAUGUCCGGAGGGGGGAGGACUCGAAGCAGGAGGCAGUAAGGGCCUCACCAAGUGACUUCAUUCUGUGGAUGUGUUUGUCUUUCAGCCCAGCAACUGCUUCAUCAGACUGAAGGCUAGAACCUUGGGCUGGUGGCUAGUGGCGUGGUUUUCUAAUAGGCAGAUUAGUGCUUUGAUUACGUUAGCGUGAAACCGUGCAGUGAAGUAAGCUGAUCUGCGCUUUUUCCCCGGCCUGUUGUGCUUCUUGAAGGGUAGCUCCUGCUUCUGCCUUCUGCCGGGUCCGGGUCCGUGGCGGCCCUUUCCACCCCAGCCCUGGGUGAUCCCCGGGAGCCCCUAGAGGCCUCUGUCGGGUACAGACCACUCUUCCCAGAGCCUCUUCUGCCAAGACGCAUGCAGGCCUGGAGGCUGUGCCUUCUCCCUACUGCCCCGGGUGCCCCAUGGCCUUGUCUGGGCCUUGUAUGUGGUCCGAGCCAGACAGUGGAUUGGGAGUUGCAUCUGCUACUCGGAGGUGCCCUGGAGUCUCUUGCUCCAUGCAAUGCUUUAUAAACGACUCUUGCUCUGAGCUCCCUGUGCAGCCCCAUCUUUUUCGGUCUCUUCAUAUUCUAGGGUGCUAGAGCUGGAAGGGACGCCCUCUCCACUCCCAACAGAGUUAGAAUUUACAGAAACUCCUCCAGGCUCUGGGAGGACGGAUGGUGUCGGUGACAGAGCUGGGAGUAGCAUCCGGGAAUCUUCUUUCUCUCAAUAAAGUUCGUUUUGUGCAA